AUGUCUUCUGCGAAUAUAUAUCCGACCAAAAACUUCCACAUCUUCGGCAAAGGGAUAUCGUUUAGUGUUUCUCCUACGAUCCACAAUGCAGGCUUUGAACACUGCUCCCUACCUUACAACUACACGAUUCGUGAAUCAGACAGCAUCGACGGGGUUGCUUCCCUGAUUGCAGAUGACCGGUUUGGCGGAGCAAGCGUCACGAUGCCACACAAACUGCAAGUCCAUAAGUUGUGUGACGAACAAACCGAAACCGCGAGACUUAUCGGGGCCAUCAACACCCUCAUCGUGAAAGAUCAUGGCCGCCGGCGCACGGUUACUGGCGACAACACCGACUGGUCUGGGCUACAUAGCAUUAUUGUUUCGCACUCCAGAGACAAGCAGCGCCAUCCCAGCGUUGGACUAGUGAUUGGAGCUGGCGGAGCAUCACGAGCCGCAUUAUAUUCCAUGCAUAAGGCCGGAAUCCAAAAGAUUUUCCUCGUCAACCGAACCCAGGCUACAGCCGAGAAAGUGAAGGAGGAUUUCAGCCAAGCCUUCGAAAUUGAAGUCAUUGCAACACUUGACGCUAUUCCCGCAAAGCCAGACGUCAUAAUCGGCACAAUACCCGCAGACACUACGACGGAAGAUCAGUUCACCUCUUUGUUUGGGCCGCGGGGACUCUGCAUAGACAUGUCAUACAAACCAAGACAGACCCCACUCUUGACAGCGACACAGAAGCAUCCAGACUGGGAUACGGUGACUGGCGUGGAGGUGCUGCUUGCGCAGGCAUUCGACCAGUUUCGCCUUUGGACGGGAUUGGAGCCACCGAGAGAGGUCAUGGCGGAAGCGAUCCUGGCCCUUGAUAAGAAGAGAGCGGGGGCGCUUUGA